CCUCCCCUUUCCUCGCCCAUCGCCUUCCACCGCCCGGCACUGUCAUCACCGCCAGCUUCGAAAGCACUCUCCAGCCCCCUCUCCCGCUCUCCCCUUCCCAACAGACCGUCGCGUCGUGGUCCUUUCUGCAAGGGACCAGCCUCUGCCCCUAUCGCAUCACCCAAUCGUCGCCUGUCGAGUGGCGCUGCCAAUAGGCGGACGGGAACGUCACGCAGCUGCAUAUCACGCGACUCCCUUUCGUGCUCGGAUCACGUUCGCAGAACCUUCUACAGAUCACCUCCCGUCGACUCAUCAUCUUGCAUCCAAGCUUCUCAUCGUCACAGCUCUAUAAAAGCCUCCAGCCAUCCCCUACCGCACCCGUCUUCCAUCGGAACCCAUCAUCGUCCAUCAAACUUGCUUUCUCAAUCAUGACUCGCUCUCACAAGUACAACGACCGCUACUCUGGCGAUGCUACGUCACCCGACGCAGAGUACUUCCUUCCUCGCUACUUCGCAAAGCACGGUUUCGCCGAUGCCGACCCCAAGAAGACGAAGAAGGACGGCGGUGGAAAGGGCAACUGGGGUCAUGCCGGCGAUGAGCUCGAAGACGUCAAGGGCGUCAACAUGGCCAACGCCCGCCGCCGCUCCAACUCAUCCACGCACUCCAAGACGUUGAAAGACUUCAAGACCAAGUUCGAGACCAUCGAGCCGGAGCCUGUGUUCGAAGAGAGCAUGGCCGAACCGGACGAAGAGGGCAUGCGUCUUGACCACCAGAGUACCACGUCCUCCGACGACAAGAGCGUCGAGGAGGACAAGGCUUAGGUUGGCUCUCAUCCGCUCUCCCUUUGCUCUCUCUCAAGCCAAUCCAGUCCUGAAAUGGUUGGACGAGAGGCAGCUCCAUGUGACUGUAUGGAUUAUACUUUCUGAGUGUGUGUUUUACGAAACACGGCGUCUUGCUGAAGCUUAUCCAUAUUGACGAAUUGGCGUGUGGGAGAUAUUCGGUAUGAAAAAAAAAGCCACUUGAGGCAGGACUACGGCAUUUUUAUUGUGCCUGGCCUUUUGCCUACUUUUGCGACGGAAAUUCGCUGACUUCGUUACGGAUAACGCGACAUACGAUCAUUUCUUUGGCGUCAACCUCACGGCUUUGAGUGCGUGGAUUGGUGCUCUUAACCCAGAACUUUGUAAAAUAGUCUUGCCAAGAGGCAAGUUGAAUGAGCUGAACAGUAAUGAAGGCUUGUUCUUUGUAUUGACAGACGUGAACCGUGCUUGAUUGUACGA